AUGAGUGGCCCUGCGACUAGAUUCAUUGAUGACUGGGAAGGUGAGAGCGAUCAUUUUUGUUCUUUCCCAAUUACUUAAUAAUCGUAACUUCCCAAAGUUUUUUCGACGGUUGGAAAAUAUCUCAAUUUCCCUUGGGGAUGCUCCACUGACUACUCUCGAGAUUGAAAUUAGAGUCGUCUUUUUGUUUCUAUUUGAUAGCAACGAUAUCAAGAAAAACAAGAAGCGUAGGCUAGGGAAGGAGAAGACAUUGUUGCGUUCUCUUGAGAAAGUACAGUUUUCCUUCCCCUCUGAACUCCGAUCGGCACAGACUCCGUUUUCAGCGCCCAGAUGCAACAACUGCAUCCAGUGCGCGCGACACGAGAACUGCGGCAUCUGCGAGCCGUGCCAGGCCGGCAAGCUGUGUCUGCAGCGGCGCUGUCUUCGUCUCGAGCCCCGUCCGUCUCUCUUAUCUAAUCUCACCUUUCCAACUGUUUUCAGCAGCCAAACGCAGCGAGGAACGCUCCAGUGACGGUUUUUUCCACUUUCUGCAUGUCUCCGAAUCGCUCCUUUUUAUUAUUAUUUUUUGUCAAAAGAAGUUCAUCGUUAUGUGAAUUUCGGCUAUUUUCGUGAGACAAUUUUUGAAGGUCAAAAAGUAAAUAUUCCAUAGUCGUUAAUCUUGCAACUGAAACCAAAAGUUUUUAGCCAGCCUUAUUCAAAACAGAAUGUGAUUUCUCAAGCAAAAAAUACCAGAGAGGAAAGCGGUGGACUUUUCGAAAGACUCGGAUCUCGGGGCGAAAAAACGUCGAGGGCGGAAAAAGGGCUCGACGAAGGCCGCCAUGGUAACUUUCAGGCGAUCUUCUGCCAAUUCAAAAAUCUUUCAGCAGGCGGCAGCGGCUGCAGCAGAAGCUGCCCCGACGACGGGUCGCGUCAAACAUCCGCGAAGCCAAUAUCUCAGUCAGUUUUCAUUCAUUUUCUAUCACUCUUCUAGAAAUUUACACUAAAUUAGAUAUUAGAGACUCGAAGUAGUCAAAUUUUCAUUAUUUCAAACAAAAAUUUUAACUCAAUUAUCGAGCUGUAAAUUUUUAUAUUCCAAAUCAUUCAAGUACGACAAUAUUUAGUCGACGGCUCUGAAAAAAAAGAAUGACAAAAGUUUCAUAGGAUGAAAAAAAGUGAUGUCGCUCUAAGCCGCGACUAUUCCAUCUUCAUAAAGAAAAAAUUUUUUAAGAAGAUUUCCAAUGGCUAAGAAAAAGAUUGCGCGAAUAGCGGGCGUCUAUACAGUUUUUGUUUUGGAAGCUAGCUGUGAAUAGGCUACAAACUCAGAUCUGCGGAUCCAGUGUUCCCAGUCACGGCGAUGUCUCAAGUAGUAAUUGCAGUUAUGGCGGAAGCAACGAAGAAAAGACGGGACUUGAGCACGAAAGGAGACAACAAGCCGCGGGCCUGUCUCGGCCUCGAAUGCAUCAACUCCGCAAGAAAGAACAGCAAGUACUGCAGCGACGAGUGCGGCGUUUCCGUCGCUGAGGUUCCCUCUAGCCGUGUCCCGAGGAACCUUUUGUCCUUUUAGGCCCGACUGCUGGAGAUUCUUCCGCGUCAUGCCGAUUCUCUGUUUCAGGAGAAACAGGAGACUGUGGAUGUGGGAUUUUCUUCUCUUUUCUUUUUCAGUGCGCUGGAAAUUAUUAACAGAGGCUUCGUUUUUUGUUUUACCACAACAAAUUUUUCCCGAAGGUAGAUUCGGAUCGACCAAUAUUUUUUUCAAAUUUGACUUCUUAUGAUUAUCAAUCCUCAAAUUAUUCAUGGACCCAGUAUUCGAUUCUGCUAGAGCCGUUUAUUUGUGCCUAUGAAUAAUUCAUUAUGAAUAUAAGAUAAAGGGAGUAAAGUUUUUGAAAAUCUCUGAAGCAGUUGUAUGCUCGUCUAAUUUUCUUUGAUGAAACGAAAAUGUUGCAGAGUUUGGCCGCAGACGCGCACGCUCUGAUCAAAAAAGGGUUCGAUGACAUGGCCAUUCACGAGAAAAAGCUGAUCGGUUUCCAAGAGAAGAUUAAAAACUACAUCCAGGUGCGCGAAGAGUUUUGAAUGAUACGUAAGAUUGUGUCUGACACAAGGCUUGUUAAUGAACGGUCAAUAAAUGCAGUACUCUGGUGUCAUAAAUCCUUUUUUGAGUCACUGCUUUUCGAAGGUGGGAAAUGUCAGGUUUUCACAGUAACCCGUGAAAUAAACGUUUUUUUUUUAGCGUUUUUGUGUUUCUCACUCUUGCAUCUUUUGCAGACAAUAUCGAAAGUCGACGUCGAACAGACGAAAGAUGCGCCAGAUCCAGAAGCGACGGAUCCAGUAGUUUUCGUCCCCUUUUGCCCGUAUAACUGGAUCUUGCAGGUGUUCAGUUGCAUGGUUUGCGGGUCGACGGACAUUUCUUUGAGACGUUAUCCCAAACACGUCAACGACUGCUACGAAAGAUCAGAACGCGCCGUUUCCUACGGCACGACAGAGGUCUCACUUCCCUCUCUUCUUCGUCUUCAUUUCCUCUUUCAGAAAACCGAAAGCCUCACGAACAUAUACUGCGAGGUGUACGACAAGAAGCAGAAAACCUAUUGUAAGAGGUUCAAGUCGAUUUGUCCUGAACACUCGCGGAAGACGUUCGAGUCGAUGCUCAAGGUAUGCUAGCCGUUCAAUUCUAGUCGGAGAUGAUCAUUUCCAGGUUUGCGGGUUCCCUUUAAAAUGGGAAGACAAUCAAUCAAUAAGGAUAGAUGAACUUGUCAAUUCGGAAGAGUCCGUAUAUUUUUAACUAUUUUUAAUCAGUUGUUUUUCAGUCCUUUCGGUCAAGAUUGCUGUAGAGCAGAACAGAAAUGCUCCAAGCACCAUAAAUGGUUGAGGGUAGUUAUUUCGACACUCGAAAACCUUUUUUAGUUCUAUUUUUAGACUUUGUUCGGAGUCGCUGAGGCAGAAUUAGCACUUUGUCUCUACAAAUACUUUGAGGUAACGCAAAUAAAUGCGACAGAUCCGCUGAAAAUGUCUUUUUGAGCUUCGAAUGGAAGCGCAGUCGAUGUGGUACAACCAGCAGUGGCACAGCAACGUCAUAAAUCUCCUCACUAGCAAAGGUCAUAUCUUCCUCCAAUGUAGAUUACAAUCUCAAUCAAGUUUUUUUACUCUUUUGAGUAUAUUGUUUUCUACUCGAGAUUUUUGUUAUUGGUGAAAUUGAAAAGAAAUAUGGGAAUUCUGGUAUUCUGGUGUAACCAAUAAGAACUUUGAAUAUCGUCAUCAGGUAUAUUUUCCACAAGAAGAUUUGUUUUACUUGGAACUUUAGGGGUUAAUGAAACUUAGCAAAAACCUUCCUGUGAUGUACUUUCCGAGAAGAAUCGUCCCAAAAUUCCAUUCUCUCGCAGAUUAUUCAGUAAAAAUUGUUUUUGAAGCUAUUUUCUUAUCUUAUAAAUUCGAGAAAUGGGCAGGUUGAGACUCUUAAGACAUUCUUAUAUCGUAAAAAAAAACGAGAGCAUUGGCCGGCUAGUGCAGAUUCUGUUAUGGAAAUCUUCAAACCAGCUUCCGAGUGGCAUAAUUUUUUUUGGUUUAGUCCAUUAUUAUUUCUUUCCUUAGCUUCGAUUCAUGUUCUGAGUUAGUUAAUCUACAAAUACUUCAAAUACUUCCGGAAUACAGUGCGACUUUCUCGUUUUUAGCCGGCAAGCCGACGGCGACAGUGCAGAAUUCCCUGGAAGCCACGAACUGA